UUGCUGGAACGGAUGUACGAUUCCGUGUUAGCAUGCCCAACCCUAGCUCUUUCUUACUUCAACUAUCACCGGAAAAGUCAUGGCUCCCGUGGAUAAGGCAGCGAAUGCGGUGAAAACCAAGCCUGGUGCACCGAAAGCAGGAAAGAAUGUGCUUCGCGGCAAGAACCCCUUGAAGAAGAAGCGCGAGCACCUUCGAUAUGGAGUCGACUGCACCAACAUCGCCGAGGAUAACAUCAUGGAUGUGUCCGACUUUGAAAAGUUCCUGAAGGAACGCUUUAAGGUGAACGGUAAGGCCGGCAACUUGGGCACCAACGUUAGCUUCGAGCGUCAGAAGAUGAAGGUGUACGUCAAUUCGGAUGUCCACUUCUCCAAGCGCUACCUCAAAUACUUGACCAGGAAGUAUUUGAAAAAGAACAGUCUGCGCGACUGGAUCCGCGUCGUGUCCAACGACAAAGAUCUGUACGAGCUGCGCUACUUCCGCAUCAGCUCUAAUGAUGACGACGAGGAAGAGAACGAGUGAACCCUAUCCGGGAGUGGAGUGAUUGGUGAAAAUAUAAUGUAAAUCCAUUUACGUGAAAACCAAUAUACGGAGGUGAAUAAUUGCA